UGAUGAGCACCGAGUAUUCUGAUCUAUACCCUGCGAGAAGCUCGGAGCUCCUUCACAGAACGGCUGACCUGCAGCAAAACCCAGCAGGGGUAGCGCAGUUCUAAUCACCGAAACGCUGCGACAGCACCCUCAGCCACCGAAUCUUGGAAGUAACCUGCUGCUGACACCGAUCGCCUUCUCGAAUUAUUCGUCGAAUUAACUUUAUCUGGUUCGUCCUACCAAUUCUUUGUCUUACCUCAAACACCAAAUUUCCUACCGUUCAUGCUGUGAUCGCCGCACUUCGCAGGUAGUCGAGACUUCGAUAUAAUGGAUAUCACAGGCACGUCGAAGGAAUCCAUCGAGCUGCGCGUCGCUUCGCAGAAUAACGGCGACACGCUCCUCUCCUUCUCCGAGUUCUCGGGUGGUAAUUACCACUCUUCCCGCGAUGACACCACCCUAAGACGGCUCGGGAAACGCCCGCUCCUCAAUCGCAGCUUCGGGUUUAUGUCGAGUUUGGGCCUCUCGUGCACCGUUCUGUUGUCUUGGGAGGGGAUCUUGGUUACGUCCGUGCCUACGUUCCUCAGCGGAGGCUCUGGUGGUGUAAUAUGGGCUUUUCUAAUCGGCUGGGUCGGCGUCACUUCUGUCUACGCGACUGUAGCUGAGCUAGCUUCUAUAGCUCCGACUGCAGGUGGACAAUAUCACUGGGUCGCUAUGAUGGCGCCAGAUUCAUGCGCCAAUUUCCUGUCAUAUUUGACGGCGUGGCUUACGACGCUGGCAUGGCAGGUCAUCGCCAUCACGACUUCAUAUUCCGUCUCCACCAUCAUCCAAGGUAUCAUAGUCUUAGCCCGCCCCAGCUACGAGGCCAUAUCAUGGCAUACGGUCUUGAUCAUGUGGGCCGCGGCGGUGUUUUCGGUAUUGGUUAAUUCGACCACGGGCCGUGCGCUGGCCAAGUUCGAGGGCGCCGUCCUGAUCCUGCAUCUCGCGGGCUUCUUCGGCGUGCUAGUCCCGCUGGUCUAUUUCGCGCCUCAUAACACGCCCGCGCAGGUGUUCACCACGUUCUCCAAUAACGGCCAUUGGCCAACGCAGGCAGUCGCGUUCCUCGUCGGCGUCCCCACCGUCGCGAGCACUCUUACUGGCGCCGACUGCGCGGUCCACAUGUCCGAGGAGGUCCGCCAGGCCAACAUUGUAGUCCCCCGCGCGCUAAUCUACACUAUCUUCAUCAACGGGGCUCUGGGGUUCGCUAUGGUCAUCGCUUUGUUAUUCUGCAUUAGCGACGUACCCGCCGCGGUAGCUGCCGCCGAUACUAUGUUCUACCCGUUCCUCCAUAUCUUCCAGACCGCUGUGAAGUCUACGACUGGUGCCUGCAUCAUGGCCGGCGUGGUGCUGGUCCUUGCGAUCGCGAGCUCUAUCAGUACAUACGCAUCUGCGUCUAGGAUGAUGUGGUCGUUCGCGCGCGACAAGGGACUUCCCUUCGAUAGGUACUUGGUCAAGCUCAACAAAAACUCUCUCCCCGUCUACGCUAUCAUCUGCACCAUGGGCAUCACGGUCGUGAUUUCAUUUAUCGUCCUAGGCUCCUCCGUCGUCCUAUCCGCACUACUCUCUCUUCUUCUCGCCGCUAUCUACUCCUCGUAUCUCCUCGCGUGCAGUUUGCUCCUCUGGCGUAGAUGCACCGGUGCCCUGCAACCCUACAUCGCGGGCGCCGACGAGGACCCGCGAAACGCAGACCAGCUCUUCUGGGGGCCCUGGAAGCUUCCAGAGCCCUUCGGCACGAUUAAUAAUGCUUUCGCAUGUGUAUAUACUGCCUUUUUACUGUUCUGGUCGUUCUGGCCCCAGUCGAGUCACCCCGAUGCAGAGGAGUUGAAUUGGAGUGUGGUGGUGUAUGGGGCUGUUGUCGUGUUCAGCGUCGUUUGGUACGUUGUUAGGGCGAGACAUUAUUUCAAGGGCCCUAUUAGGGAAGUUUAGCUUGGCGGGUGUGGUGUAUUUACCCUUUCUGCACAUAUAAUUAAAUAAUUUGAUAUUUACGUGUAUA